UGAAAACACGUGGUGAUGUGAAAUGGCGAGUGUGUAGUGCAGUGCGCGGCGAUAAUGAGAUAAUUGUGAGUGCGGUGGUGGAUGAGACGAAUAAGGUGCGACAAAUAUUACGGUGGAUGAUGUGAUGAUUGUGUAGUGAGUGAGUGUCGAGAAAUGUUUUACGUGCCGGCGGACGGCGUGUCCGCGUUAUUCACGCCCGGAAUGCGAUCCGCGCCCAGAAGCAUAACGAGCUUGACGAGCGGACGCACGAGUUCGAAAGUGGCGGUGCGGAUUAAGGAGGCCCGUUGGCUGUCGCACGUAGUACACCCUACUUGCCGAAUUUGCCCGGCUGUUAAACGUACUUUUGUGGAAUGUCUGAGAUCAUCCAAUUACAAAGCAGAUAAAUUGUUGAAAUUACUUUUCGAUGAAUUCGAGUCAUAUGGAGACGAAGUAAUAUACGGUAAGAAAAAGACAUUAUUGGUAAUAAUAUUACAGUAGAGUUCGAAAGAUAUAGAUCCGAAAGUCGCUGAAUCGGGAA